AUAUACUGUAGCUGCUCCACACACACUGCUAGACACAGACAGAGAGAGCAGGAGAGAGGUAGAGGUAGAGACAGAGGAAGAGACAGCUGUGGAGUGAGAUACACAGAACUGCAAGGAGAGAGCAAUAGAGAGAUAGAGUUUGACAGAGAGUUAGAGAGACGGAAAAGAGGCACACACAGCACUCCCCCUCCACUCACCCCUCGUCUUACCCUCGACCCUUGUCUCCCUUCUUACGACCACUGAGGCAGAGACACACAGCUCUACCAGCGCAGGGGGGAGAGGACUGGACACACACUAACACACACUCAUUUUCUCUCUGCUGAAAGAAGACAGGAAUACACACUUUCUUUUUGUUUUCUGUCUCCGCUUCUACUCUCGUUCUUGGACAGGAAAAAAGGAUUCCAGUUUGUUUCUUCAGCACAAAGACUUUUCCUUUAUCCUCCAGAAGUCCUGAGUCACGUUGGGCCUCCUUUCUUUCUCCCUCUGAGAGCUCAGAGCAACAUGGCACAGGGACAAAAGAACCACAGCCACAGCAGGCAGCAGCGGAGGGGACCACUACUCACUAACCCCUUCUUCACCGUGGCACUAUCCCUCUCACUGUCCCUCCUCCUCCUCCUCCUCACCUCCCCCGCCUCGGCCGCUGAUGAAUACGACUACUACAGCUGGCAGUCGGACAACUUCCACAACGGUCGCUUCUACACCAAGGAGCCGCAGUGUGUGGACAUCCCUGCCGAUUUACGCCUCUGCCACAACGUGGGCUACAAGAAGAUGCGCCUGCCCAACCUGCUGGACCACGAGACCAUGCCCGAGGUCAAACAGCAGGCGGGAAGCUGGGUGCCGCUCCUCGCCAAGCGAUGCCAUGCGGAUACACAGGUGUUCCUGUGUUCCCUGUUUGCCCCUGUGUGUCUGGACAGGCCCAUCUACCCGUGUCGUUCACUGUGUGAGGCCGUGAGGGACAGCUGUGCCCCCGUUAUGGAGACAUACGGGUUUCCCUGGCCGGAGAUGUUGACCUGCGAUAAGUUUCCUAUUGAUAAUGAUCUGUGUAUCCCCAUACAGUUUGCUGGGAACCAGGCCACCCCAGCGCCAGCAUCUAAAGUCUGUCCUCCAUGUGAUAACCAACUGAAAGCUGACAACAUCAUGGAGCAUUACUGUGCCAGUGACUUUGGUAAGA